UAACCGGUUUCACUAUUAACCGCGCUUACAAAUGUCACGAUUAAUCAACCGCAGAGACUCUACCACACCGUGUUUUUAUUGUUAAAAAAAUGGGCCGAUACACUGUGUUUGGCGCAACCUGCACGGAACGAAAAAAAAGUGACACCUGGUGCGUCAGCUUAAUGUGCCGUACCUAUCAGGAGCGGGAGUCAGGACCACCAUACAGUCUACGCGGGAGACAUGAAAGCUGUGCUGCAUUAGCGCAACAAUGGCAGAGGGAUCUAUCAACGAAGUGUUGUAUCCACCCAAAAAACGAUUGAAGUCAGCAGUGUGGGAGCAUUUUGGAUUCCAUAAGAACGACCAAGGAGUUAUACAAGACGACGGAGCACCCGUCUGCAAAACCUGCCGCAAAAAAGUUAUGGCGAAAGGAUCAAACACAUCAAACCUGAUACAGCAUCUGCGAGAUCACCACCCAAGACUUCACGCUUUAAUAAAGCCAAACACCACCUCUGGUAUUGCUGCAGCUGGGGUUAAUCAAUCUACUGUUGCUGAAUCCUUUGCGAAGUGUGUGACUUAUGCGCCCUCCUCAAAACAAGCCCAGGAUCUGAACAAUGCUGUGGCCUAUUUCAUCUCCAAAGAUAUGAUGCCAUUUCAGAUAGUGGAAAAACCUGGAUUUCUUCAUCUAAUGAAAAAGGCGGUACCACAGUACAAAGUUCCGUCAAGAAGCUACUUCUCCGCCAACAAAAUCCCAGCCAUGUACAAAGAGGUACGAGCAAGUGUUGAGGAGCAGCUGGCAGAGGGUGUGUGGUUUGGUGCAACCACAGACCUGUGGACCAGCACUGGUGGUGGAGGAGAACCCUUUAUGAGCUGUACAGUCCACUACAUCUCUUCGGAUUGGAAACUGAAGUGUCACUGUCUUGAGACUCUUUAUUUUCCAGAAGAUCACACGGCAGAGCAUAUCACAGAAAUGAUGGAAAACAUGCUCCUGGACUGGAACAUAAAGAAAGAGAGUCUGUCCGGAAUUACAACCGACAACGCCAGUAACAUGAGGAAAGCCUUUGAAACAUUUCCCUGUGUUUGGUUUUCUUGUUUUGGUCAUAAUUUAAAUUUGGCCAUUUCCAAAGUCCUUAAGAUCUCAAGGGUGGAAUCUGCCAUCAGAUCAUGCCGGCAUUUGGUCCAAGGAUUUUCUCGAAGCUGGAAACGGAAACGUGAACUACACAAGAAGCAGGAAGAGUUAAACAUCGCUGAACAUUCCCUGAUACAUGAUGUGGUCACCAGGUGGGGAUCCACAUUUGAAAUGAUUUCCAGGUUCUUGGAGCAGCAGCAGGCAAUCUGUGCUGUGCUUGUAGGUAACAGAAGCACCUGGCAUCUUAUGCCCAAAGACAGUGACAUCACUGUCUUGGAGGAAGUGCACAAACUGCUUUGCCCUCUCCAUGACUUCACUGACAUUCUGGCCUCAGAAAGACAAGUCACACUUUCCGCUCUGCAGCCAGUUUUGGAGCACAUCAACAGUGUGAUGCUUCAAGAUGAAGAGGAAGACAGCGCUCUUACUAAACAGAUGAAGCAUGUAAUUAGAGAUGACCUGCUAAUGCAGCUGAGAUAUACAACAGAAAUGAAGAAUGUGCUGAGCAUUUCGAGUUUCAUUGAUCCCAGGUUCAAGGGAAGCUUUGCUGAGAAUCUUGAUGACAUAGUCAAGGCAUGCAGUGAUGAAGCAACUGCUCUUACAGCACAAGAACUUCCAGACACAGAACAGCCUCCAGCAGCAAUGGCACAGAGCACCAACUCCACCACCACCACCAAAAGGAAAGAGAAGAGCCUGUCUGGGUUGUUACAGAAAAUCACCACUGCAAGGAAGAACAGGUCAGCAGCAGCCUCAGAGGGACCACUGCCAACAGCCCUGGAAAAGCUUGAUACUGAGAUGAGACUGUACCUGUCUCUUCCUGCAGUCGAUGCUGAAGCGGACCCACUGUCUUGGUGGAAGACACAUGUGGAAGAAUUUCCAAUGCUAUCAAAAGUGGCCAGAAAGAAGCAGGUUGUUAAAAUCCACGACAUCUCCUCCUCCUCUGUCACCCUCAGCACUGGCUCCCCCCAGGGCUUCAUGCUGAGCCCCCUCCUGUUCACCCUACUGACAUAUGACUGCUCAGCAAAACACCCGAGCUGUCAUAUUGUUAAGUUUGUGGACGACACAGCUUUGGUGGGACGCAUCACCAACAACGAGUCCAAGUACAGACAGGAGGUGGAACAUCUGGAGGAGCACACCAUCAACAUCACUGGAACUGCACUCUCCUGGCUGAAAUCCUACCUCACUGACCGUCAACAGUUCAUUUACACCAACAACUGCACCUCUAACAUCGCUCCUCUGGCUCAAGGCGUCCCCCAGGGUUCGUUUGCUGAUGACACGACCGUGGUGGGUCUCAUCAACAAAGGGGAUGAGACAAACUACAGGACUGAGGUGAGCCGCCUGGCCUUGUGGUGCAAACACAACAAUCUGUCUCUGAACGUGGAGAAGACGAAGGAGAUUGUUGUGGACUUCAGGAGAACACGCACCCAGCACGCUCCUCUGACCAUCAAUGGUGCUACUGUGGAGAGGGUGGGCGGCACCAAGUUCCUGGGUGUGUACAUCACUGAAGACCUCACCUGGACCACCAACACCGCAUCACUGACCAAGAAGGCACGUCAGUGCCUCUACUUUCUCCGCAAGCUGAGGAAAACUAGAGCCCCUGCCCCCAUCAUGCGCACCUUCUACAGAGGCACCCUCCCGAGCAUUCUCACCAGCAACAUCACUUUGUGGUACGGGGCCUGCACUGCGUCCUGCCGUACGAACCUCCAGCGCAUCGACAACUUCUCAGGCCUGGAGGAGUAUGAUGGGAGUCAGAACGAGGAUGGCGUGGACGCGCCUCGGGCCAAUGAGGGGGAGAUCUUUUGA